UUUCCAUUCCCUUCUCUCUCCUCAUCCCUGCACUCCAAUCACGCUCUCUCUCCUCCCUUCCACCGUCGAUCUUCCUGUUCUAAAAACAAAAAAGAAAAAAUGGCGGAAACACAGGCUAAACGCCAGAGAGACGAAACCCUAAUUGUAGAAGAAGACUUGGAGGAGGACCCCAAACGCCGCAAAUCGUACAAUCAAAUACUCUCUUUCCUCGAUGAAGAAGAUCAAGAUGAUUCCAACCAAGAUGUUUCUUCCAUCUUUACCACUCUUCAACGUGAACUCUCUUUUGACUCCGACCCGAUUACCCAACCCGAUAAACUUUUACAACCCGAUAACCAAGACAUUGGAGCUGCUAAGGAAGAUGAAGAUAGAUUAUUGAAACGGUUACUCGAAGCCACCGACGAUGAACUCGGCUUACCGACUGGUCCGGUAACCGGUCAAAAUAACGAUGAUCAUGAUGAUGGGUUAUUGGUGAUGGACGGUGGAGAUGAUGAGUUUGGUUUGAUGUCGUCAUCGUGUGGUGGUGGAGGAGGAUUGUGGGAGUUGGAAGAUGAAGCUGCUAAUUACUAUACGUGGUUUCAGUCUGAACUUUUUAUGUAGAACAACUUAGAGGGGUUAGUUAAUACAAAAUGGAAACAUGGAGGACCACUUUACUUAAAAGCUCUGAAGAAGAAAUGAAGGCGUUUUUUUUGUUUUCA